AUGUCCCUAGAAGACAAAUUUGAUAGGUUGAAUAUAUCUAAUGAACCUCGCACGGAACAUGCCAAUAAUAAGAUCUUAGACAAGUAUGAACACAAAUUUAAGACAGAUGAGAUGUCUUUCACCAGAAGUAAAACUAAUAAGGACAAGGCCAACAGAGCUACGGUUGAGAAUGUUUUGGACCCCAGAACGAUGAGGUUUUUAAAGGCGUUGACUAGUAGAGGUGUUAUCUCGGAUUUUAAUGGGUGCUUAAGUACUGGUAAAGAGGCUAAUGUAUAUCAUGCAUUUGCGGGGGACUCUAAACUACAUGCCGAUGUUGUUCUUGAAGCUAAGGAGGAAGAGGAUGAAGAUGAAGAUGAAAAUGAAGAAGAUGAAGACGACCUACCUAUUGACCAUAACUUGAAGGAAAAAUUGGAAACUGAACUUCGACCAGAAAUGUUAACCAAAGUUUCUCAAGAUAAGAAAGAAUACGCAGUAAAAAUUUUCAAAACCUCUAUUCUUGUGUUUAAAGACCGUGAGCGUUAUGUGGAUGGUGAAUUCCGUUUUAGAAAUUCCAGAUCUCAGCACAAUCCUAGAAAGAUGAUUAAGAUCUGGGCAGAAAAGGAAUUUCGUAACUUAAGAAGAAUAUAUCAAAGUGGUGUUAUCCCUGUUCCCAAACCCAUUGAAGUGAAAAACAAUGUUCUUGUCAUGGAGUUUCUGGGCCGUGGAGAUGGGUUUGCGUCUCCUCGUUUAAAGGAUCAUCCUUACAAAGACAGAGAGGAAAUUUUUCAUUACUACCAUACGAUAGUUGCCUAUAUGAGAUUGAUGUAUCAAAUUUGCCGUUUGGUGCAUGCGGAUCUUUCAGAAUAUAACAUAUUGAUCCAUAAAGAUAAGAUGUAUAUUAUUGAUGUCUCUCAAAGUGUGGAACCAGAGCAUCCAAUGAGUUUGGAUUUCUUAAGAAUGGAUAUUAAGAAUAUUAAUUUCUAUUUUGAGAAAAUGGGUAUCGAUAUUUUCCCUGAGAGAGUUAUCUUCCAGUUUAUCAUUUCUGACACCUUGGAGAAUUUUAAUGGUGAUUAUCGUGACUAUAAUGAUUUGAGAGACUAUGUGGCUCAAAAUUUGCCCAUAAAGAAGUCUGAGCAGGAUGAGGCAGAAGAUGAAAUCUUUAGAUCAUUAUACUUGGUUAGAAAUUUGGAAGGUCUAGAAGAAAGAGAUUUUGAUAGAUAUACCGAUGGUAAGUUUGAUUUGUUAAAGAGUCUAAUUGCCCAUGAUAAUGAAAAGAACUUCUCUGCUGCCGAACAAUUUGAUUUGAAGGCACAAGACGCGACUACGGAUGAAGAAGAUGAGAUAUCUGAAGAAGAUUUUGAUGGCGAGGAUGAUGACGAUGAAGGGUACGAAUCAGAGGAGAAGGUUCUCAAGGGGAAGAGGUAUGAAGAUAAAGAUGCCAAAAAGCUAAGGAAACAGGAGGCCAAGGAUGCCAAGCGAGAGAAGAGGAAGACAAAAGUCAAGAAGCAUAUAAAAAAGAAGUUGGUGAAGAAGACCAAAUCUAAAAAAUAG